AUGAUUCUUCAAGACAUCUUGAAGAAUUAUAGGAGGAAAAAUAAUUCUCCUCGCUACACAAUUAAGAUUGAUAUCAGUAAGGCAUAUGAUACUGUGGAUUGGAAUUUUGUUGAGGAUUUGCUUAAUGCCUUAAACUUCCCUGCUAGAUUUUUUCAGCUGGUGAUGAUUUGUAUCAAGAGCACUUCUUACUCUCUUCUAAUGAAUGGCAGAAUACAAGGUGGUUUUCAAGGUGCUAAGGGUCUUCGUCAAGGUGAUCCCUUAUCUCCUUUGAUAUUUGUUAUGAUAAUGGAUUAUCUAACGAGAUGUUUUCUUCAUGCUGCUCUAGACUCUAAAUUCAGAUAUCAUCCUCUUUGCAAAAGUUUGAAGUUAAUAAACUUAUGCUUUGCGGAUGAUUUGAUUCUUCUUAGUAAAGGUUCUAAACAGUCCAUAAAAGUUCUUAAAGAAGUUCUUGAUGGGUUCAACAAUACAACUGGGCUUUUUAUCAAUGUUAGUAAAUCUCAAAUCUUUUUUGGAGGGGUUGAUUCCAGGGAGAAAAGGGAGAUCAUUAGGGAUAUUUAUUUGGCUGAAGAUUGUUUCCCUUUGAAAUAUUUAGGGGUACCUUUAAGACCAACUAAAUGGAAAGCUGAAGAUUGUGGGAUUAUCAUUAAAAAAAUCAGAUUGAGACUUAAUACUUGGGGAAGUAGGCACUUGUCAUUUGCAGGCAGAGUUCAAUUAAUUCAUUCAGUAUUACUUGGUCUUCGUAAUUAUUGGAUGAGCACUUUCAUCCUUCCUCAAAGUGUUUCUAAAGAGGUUGAGAAACUUUGUAGAGGUUUCCUUUGGGGAAUGAACGGGAACAGAAGCAGAAUCCAUGUGGCCUCUUGGGAGAAAGUGUGCCUUCCCAAACCGUAUGGUGGUCUCGGGUUUAAAGAAGGGACCAAAUGGAAUCAAGCUAUUCUAGCUAAAUACAUUUGGGCUAUCACUGAGAAGAGAGAUCUUCUGUGGGUUAAAUGGGUGAAUAAUAUCUAUCUCAAGAGGGUUUCUAUUUGGUCUUAUGAUUUAAAAGUGGACACUAGCUGGUAUUGGCGCAAACUUUGUAGAUUGAGACUUAAGUUCCCCAUUUCUGAGAUAUUGAUGGCAGAUUCUUUACUUUGCCCUGUUUGUGGAGACCAACCUGAAUCCCAUCAUCACUUAUUUUUUGACUGUUGCCUAUCUCGAAGACUUGUGGAGCUCGUGUUUCAGUGGCUGGGUUUCAGGGGUUGGCCGUUGGAUUUUGCUUGCUGGUUAUCGUGGUUAUCUCUGAAAGCAUCUGGAAUGGUGAGGCAUGUGAGCAUAGCAAUUUUGGCAGCAACUUGCUACAACACUUGGCUGAAUAGGAACAGAUGUGUUUUUGAAGGUUACUCUAAAUCAGAUUCUUUGAUUGCUUUAGAUGUAAAGACUAUAGUGACUUACAGGUUGUUCAUUGUUAAAAAUAGCAAAUUGUCUAGACAAGAUAGAGACUUUAUACAUAGAUUAAAAUGUAAUUAG